CAGCCUGUUGCUUUGGUCGCUGCAAACAGCGGCAUUUCGCCUGAAUCAUAUUCGAACGCAACGGAAACAAAGUAACGUAAACACUCAACGUGCCGUGUAAUUCUGUAAAGUGUUUGAACAUUUUGGUGGCUAAUUCGGCAGGUAGCAAGAUUCCUUAAUCCUCAAACACUGGCCAUUUCAAAUUUAAAUUGAUUGGUAACAUGCCUCGUUAGCUUCAAUUAGCCGCGGUGUGUGAAUUUCUAUAUAAGUUCUGUAUAAGUGAAGUGUGGGUUUAUUGAAUUAAAAAAAAAAAAUCUAAAAAAAAAUAAUAGUAACAUAAUAAGCUUGGUUGGYAUCGCUGUGAAAUUUGUAACAGCAACACGCCACUUCGCUUGUCUUCAACAAAUUACUUGAAUUAAUAUAAUAAGUGUGCUUAAGUAAAUAGCGUUUGUGUUGACAAGUGGAAUUCGCUUAUAAACUGCUGCUUUCUCACAAGCGCCACAUUCUUGAACAAACAAUUUACUUUUUGGAUUAACAGCAACAGCAACGAAACGCGAACUAUGAAAGCUGCUACUAGACUUUGUCCCAUCAUAGUUUUGAUUUGCGCAGCGCGACUCGUGUGUACGGCUCAACAACGGUACCACCACAGCAGCAUUGUCGGGUACCCUCUCGACUACGCGGACGUCAGAUUAAUACAGAAAGACUUCUCGCUGGAUAAACGAAACAAACCAUCUCUGUCAAUCGUGAAUCCUUUGGAUGUGCUGCGGCAACGUUUGUUACUAGAGAUUGCUCGAAGGCAAAUGAAAGAGAAUACAAGACAGGUGGAAUUGAAUCGUGCCAUAUUGAAGAACGUUGGGAAGCGUAUGCUCAACAAUGAUGGUGAUUCCAGCUAUAAACUCCCAUUGCAAGAACAACAACAAUUUGAAUAUUCCCUCAAGCACAUCCCUUAUCCUCAGCAAAUGUACACGUACGGCGCUCCCCAAUAUGACCAACAAUCGCAACUCCAACUGCAACCUCUGUGGCAGCCACAUUACACUAAUCAAUUGGAGUACACACCAGAUGUGUCCAUAUAUGACUACUUACAUGAACCCGCUCACAUAUACAAUACCGUUCUGGGCGCAACUGAAAGCAAAGGCAACCUGGAUGGACAAACGACUUCUUGGUACAUCGAUGCACUUGAAAAUGGUGCCGAUGUUGGUGACGCAAAUAUUUACAACACCAAGGGAAAUGUAUUGACUUCAGAACGACGAAUUCAAGACAAGGGCACAGGUGGCGAUAGCAGCAGUACCAAUGUCGACUCAUUCUCUAGCGUAGGGACGCUGAACAAAAUUGGAGACAAUGUGCUAGCAAAUGGCGCUGAUAAGGAGAGAAAUGUUGACAACGCAGAUUACCACUUGCGAUACUUUUAUGGGGUGCCCAAAAAGCACCACAAUAUGAAAAAGUAAGCUGUAGUCCCACUCUCAAGUACAACCACACACUCAUGAACAUCGCGAACAUAAUUUGAAGUUAUUCAGCCCAAGAACAUU